AUGCACUUUGGGGUUAAGAAGAAAUCGUUCUUUGGUAUUCACCUCAAGGACACCUCUCGUGAUUCGACGAGGACAAGUACGAACGAGUCCAUCGAUUCCAAGAAGAGCGCCAGUGGGGGCCAUGAGCAAGAUCAUCGUCAGUCAGUUGCUCAGGCAACCAGCGCACACGAUUCACAGAGCACCACACGCUCAAAUACCACGGAGCAGAACAACAAUGGAGGUAAUAAUGGACACCAGUCUUCUUCGAUGCUUGAGUUGAAGAGAUUCUUCAGACCUUCGAAGAAGCCUUCACGGCCGGCUUCUCCCUCGGCAACACCAAGUAAGCGUAAUCUGAACGAUGCGUCCGCUUCGGUGUUGAACCUGGCGGUUCAUGAUGAGCAGCUGGACGAAGGCGGUAUCCUUGCGAAGAAGUACGGUAACAUGGGUAAGAUCCUGGGAUCUGGUGUCGGUGGAUCCGUUCGUUUGCUGGUUCGUCCUUCUGAUGGUGUCACAUUCGCAGUCAAGGAGUUCAGACCAAGAAGACCAAACGAAGCUGAGAAGGACUACGCUAAGAAGUGUACAGCCGAGUUCUGUAUUGGUUCUACGCUUCACCAUCCAAACAUCAUCCAAACGUUGGACAUCACACACGAAAAGGGCCAUUACUUCGAAGUUAUGGAGUACUGCCCUGUUGACUUCUUUGCCGUCGUGAUGAGCGGUAAGAUGCUUCGUGGUGAAAUUAACUGUUGCUUCAGACAGAUCUGUGAAGGUGUGAAAUACCUGCACUCCAUGGGCAUUGCUCAUAGAGAUCUCAAGCUGGAUAACUGUGUCAUGACGGCUGAUGGUAUCUUAAAAGUUAUCGAUUUCGGUUCUGCUGUUGUGUUCAGAUAUCCAUUCGAAGAAGAACUGGUUAAAGCACAUGGUAUCUGUGGAUCUGAUCCUUAUCUGGCGCCAGAGGUGCUCACUCAUCAACGUUACGAUGCUCAACCUGUGGAUAUAUGGUCAAUUGGUAUCAUAUACUGUUGCAUGACUUUGAAGAGAUUCCCAUGGAAGGCUCCAAAGCAUACUGAUCCUUCUUUCAAACUUUACAACUUGCCAGAUGAUGAACCACACGAUUAUGAAAAGGCCGCAUCUGCACAUAAGGAGCUUCUGAGAAGAAAAAGGGAAGAAAAGAAGAAGAACGAAGAGGCACAUGACAAAGCCAGCAAAGACGAGGAUGCUAUAACAGAUGCGUUGGAUAAGACCCAUCUUGAUGAACACAAGGGUGAAGCUGAAUCUGAAAAGCCAAAAGAGGAACAAGCUGAAUCUGAAAAGCCAAAAGAGGGACGAGCUGAAUCUGAAAAGCCAAAAGAGGAACAAGCUGAAUCUGAAAAGCCAAAAGAGGAACAAGCUGAA